AUGUCUCAGUCCUUUGAACCUGGUAAACCUGGUAGACCUCCGGUCCUGCCAGUCGUGGAAUCGUCUUCCGAGAAAUCCAGCAAAAUGCAGAUUUCUAGCAAGGAAAGCCAUUUGAAGCAGAACAUUGACAGCAAUUACGCGGACCUGAUCUGUGUAGUGCUGUGUUUCUUGACGGGUCUGUGCGAUAGUUCUGCCUUCAAUGCGUGGUCGUGUUUCUUAGCUAUGCAAACCGGCAACACCAUCGUCCUCGGCCUCGGCGCCUCCAACCUCCCCCGCGACUCCCCCUACAGCUGGCUUAAAUCCCUCGUCUCCAUCAGCUGUUUCCUGAGCGGCUCCUUCUGCUUCAGCCGCGCUGGCCGCCUGCUGGGCCCGACACGCCGCGGGACGCUGUUCGCCUCCUUCAUGGUCCAGGUAGCGCUGAUCGUGAUCGCGGUGGCGCUCAUCCAGGCCGGGCUGAUCUCGCAACCGGACGUCAGCAACCACCAGCACCACCCGUUGCUGGACCUCAUCCCGAUCGGGCUGCUUGCCUUCCAGUCUGCGGGCUCGAUCAACUCAACGCGCUCGCUGGGGUACAACGAGAUCCCCAGCGUCGUCAUCACGAGUGUGUACUUUGACAUUGCGUCGGAUAUGAACAUUUUUGCCGGCAAGAAUGUGAAGCGCAAUCGCCGCGUUGCCGGGGUGGUGAUGUUGCUCGUCGGGGCUAUUGUCGGGGGUUGGCUGAAUCGCAGUAACGGGGGUAUGGCGUCGACCUUUUGGUUGGCCGCGGGAAUCAAGUUCUUGAUUGGGUGUGGGUGGUUGGUCUGGGCGCCGAAGAAGCAGGAUGGGCAGUAG